AUGCUCUUGGUCGAGUCGGGCAUACCCCUGACCGAGAUUCCCGCUGGCCGCCCGCCUCCAGGCGAGGUUUCUCACAUCCACCAUGCGGUUGGCAGAACGCAUAUGAUCACAACAUGCGAUAUCAUCUGCAUGAUCAUCGUGUGUACUGUUGUCGCCAUGAGAAUGUAUACUCGCAUUCACCUUCUCAAGAAUCUCUGGUGGGAUGAUUGGUGCACAUUGUUUGCUCUUGCAUGCUGGAUCGGUGAGACUGGACUGUUCCAAUAUGCCUGCAAGUUCGGAGCAGGCAAGCAUGUUUACGACAUCAGUGUCGCAGACCUCUACCCCAACCUUCUGCGUGGCUGGGUUGUCUGCGCUGUCAUGUACAGCAUAACCAUGCUUUUCUCGAAAAUGUCGAUCCUAUUGCUCUAUCGCCGCUUGUUCCCCAUCGUCAACUUCGCCAAAAGAUGGUGGGCUGUGGUUGCCUUUACGGUCGCUUAUUCGGUCGGAGGCAUGUUAGCAUCUCUGUUUCAGUGCAGACCGAUGGAAUCAGCAUGGACUCUUGAUGUUCCUUCGGACUACUGCAUCAGUACUGAAAAGUUCUACACUGCCAAUGCUGCCUUGAACGUGGUCUCCGAUAUCAUGAUUCUCAUCCUGCCUGUACCCAUCGUUUGGGGUCUUAACACGGACACGCGCAAGAAGGUCAUCCUUACCGGUCUCUUUUCAAUGGGAUCUAUCUCGUGCCUCGUCAGCAUCCUCCGCAUGCGCUCCAUCAUCGUCUUAUACAAGUCUGGCUUCAACGACUUGACCUGGGGACUUGUGGAAGUCGUACUUUGGUCACAAGCAGAACUUACCGCUGCCAUGAUCUGCACAUGUACGCCCUGCCUGCGGCCAUUGUUCGAGAAGAUCAUCCCUGCCUUGCGCUCGGUCGGCUCGAGGAAGGGGACCCACGGAAGCAAUACUGGAGGAUACCUUCGCACAAACGAUUAUGGACACAAAAGCACAGCGAGCAAGUCAAGAUCUAUUGCAGAUAUUGAGAUGGACGCCGGGAUUCGCAAGAAGGUCACUGUUGAUGUCAGUGCCAUGGGGUCUGACGACAGUGAUAGCCAGAAGAGCAUCAUUCAUCAUUAA